UGUGGAGGUAAGAGCAAUCUGCGGUUUGAAGCCUAGAGUCAUACAUAGAUGAAAGAUGAGUCGAUGUAUGGCAAGCUUGAACUAGACUCCGACCCCUCCCUUCCUCUCUCCCUCCCUCCCUCAUCCCUUCCCUUCCCUUCAUUCCUUCCACGGUGAGUGCAAGUGCGAGAGCGAGAGUGCUCUUGUCACACUCUGUUGCUGCUUCCUCCGACUCCCACCUGUAUUCGUCGCUAUCAGCAUCGCCGUCGCCAUCGCUAUUCUCUUCCUUGCCCUCCCCUGAUGCUCUUCUCUCGCCUGCCCUUGCUCUUCUCCUUCCCUCGUCUCCAUGGCUUCUCUCCACCCGCCCCCUCCUCCAUGACAAUUCCCUUGCUUACUCCUUCCUCCAUGGCCUUUCUCCCUGCUCAUGCAUCCAGCUCCGCCUCUGCCGCACCCUCAGAUUCCAAAAUGAAAGAUACUCCAUCCUCUCGCCACGAGCAACUGAAGCUUGGCAGGUCCAAAACCGGUGCUUUGGAGGUUGACGGACUCUCCAUUGAAGGGGUCUCAGUGGGAGGCCAGGAGACUUGUAUCUUGAUUCCAGCUCUGAAGCUCGCCUUUGACAUCGGACGCUGCCCUGAGCGAGCCAUUUCGCAGGACUUUUUGUUCAUCUCACAUGCCCACAUGGAUCACAUUGGUGGUGUCUGCAUGUAUGUAGCGACACGUGGACUUUUUAAGAUGAAGCCACCCACAGUAAUCGUCCCAAAAUGCCUCAAACCCACAGUGGAGAAGCUCUUCGAUGUGCACAGGGAGCUUGACGGGUCGGAGUUAAAGCAUCAGUUGAUAGGUUUGGAUAUUGGUGAAGAAUUCAACAUGGGCAAGAACUUGGUCGUGAAGGCAUUCAAGACAUAUCACGUCGUCCCAAGCCAGGGAUAUGUUGUGUAUUCGGUGAAGAAUAAGUUGAAACCUGAAUACUUAGGUCUUCCAGGGCAGAAGAUAAAAGAACUGAAAAUGUCGGGUGUGCAGAUUACGGACACAUUGAGGGUACCAGAGGUUGCCUUCACCGGGGACACUACGCCGGAUUUUAUUUUGGAUGACGCUAAUAUUGAUGCUUUACAAGCCAAGCUUCUUAUCAUGGAGACUACGUUCUUGGAUGAUGCUGUUACUAUACAACACGCCAGGGAAUAUGGACAUACCCACUUAUCAGAGGUUAUCAAGUAUGCAAAUAGACUUCUUAACAAGUCCAUUCUUUUUAUACAUUUCUCUGCACGCUACAAGCGGGAGGAAAUUCUGAGGGCCGUGGAGGAGCUUCCACCACCAUUGCAAGGUCGCGUUGCAGCUCUAACUGAAGGAUUUUAAGUGAAGGUUUCUAUUAUGUGAAAUAGUCCAUGUCCUUGAAGACUAUUUUACUCUUGGGAUUAUGCACAUGAAGAUUAAUUGGGAAAAAUUUUGCUAGCUAUUUUCUUACAAUUCAUGCUUGGAUCAUGUCGUAGUGUAUGCUACUUUGCUCAAUCUGUUGAACGGUAAAGAAAAAAUUACACUAUAUCAUGUCUUGGCCUUUUUGGAAGGUGUUAUGUUUAUCAUUACACUUAUACCAUACGAAUUGUAAUUCCUAAUUAUCUAAGAAAUGUGGUGUAAAAUUUUGUAUA